ACAUGUUCACAGUUAUUGUGGCUUCACAGAACUGUGGUAUUAACAGUAACAGAAGUAGCCGAGCUAGCUAAACAAACUCAGAGGCUAACAAAUUAGCUUCAUCCGUGAUCUACCUGGAAAAGCUGGCUUUGUAAAUUAAACUAAUCCUCUCGUACUGUCAAAGUUAACUUGCUAUAAAGCUAUAAAAAAACAUUCAACAAGGUCUCGCAUAUCACCCGUUCAUAAACUGUUGAAUAGAAUAAACGCAGCACGAACACCAGCCCGGACUGGCGCGCUAGCUCAGUGCACAGCAGAACCGUCCUGACGCCAUGUUGACCAAAACAAAAUGGCUGAAUAAGAGAUUAGUUGACAAAAGUCAGCUGGCUGCGUUUACGGUUUCUACCGGCUGCUUUUCAGAGUCUACCGCAACGCCAUCAUAUGGCGUGUUGUACGCUUAACAAGAAGACGCACAGUGCUGUUAAAUACACGGGUGUUUUCUCUCUUAAGUGAUCAUGAUCAAGUUCCUGCUGAUGGUGAAUAAACAGGGCCAAACUCGCCUGUCCAGGUAUUAUGAGCAUGUGGACACUGGGAAGAGAGCUGCUCUGGAGGUCAAUGUGGUCAAGGCCUGUUUAUUCAGGAAGAAGGACGAGUGCUCAUUUGUGGAGUACAAAGACUACAAGCUGGUGUAUCGGCAGUAUGCGGCUCUUUUUAUUGUAGUUGGCAUCACUGACAGCGAAAAUGAACUCUCCAUUUAUGAGCUUGUCCACAACUUUAUUGAAGUGCUUGACAAGUACUUCAGUCGGGUGAGUGAACUAGAUAUUAUGUUUAAUUUGGACAAAGUCCACAUCAUUCUUGAUGAGAUGAUCCAGAAUGGACACAUUGUGGAAACCAACAAGAAUCGCAUACUUGCACCACUGUUGGCAUUAGACAAGAUGGGAGAAGGAUAAAUAAACAGCUCCAGGAAGAAAA